UUUUUAAAAGUCGUCAUUUUCUCAGAUUUUCCUCACUGGAUCAACCCCACCUGGAGGCAGGUGGAGAUGUUUCACUGAGGAUUUUGGGUGUAAACAUUUGUUCAUAAGUCCAGCUUUUGCAUCAAUCCCUUCCCACUCAUGAUUUUGGAAACGUCUUCAUAAAUGACCUUCUCAGAGAUGCAACCCUGACUCUGUAAGUCUGGAGAACAAUAAGCAGCAAACCAGAGAGUUUAUGGAAUAAUGGAAAACCUGCAUGAACACUCUCAUGGAAACUCACCAUAACUGUAGCUGAAAUCUCACAGAUUAACUAAAACCUCAGUUUUUAACUGCAGUGUGCUCUGUGUCGCCCUCUAGCUGCUGGCUGCGUAAUGACAUCGCCUUCUACGUGGGCGUGGUGGCCUACUUCCUGCUGGUCUUCGUCCUGUGCCUGCUGGUCUUCAUCGUGGUCAUGCACCAGCUGUCCCGCAUCAAGAAGCAGAACCCGCACAACCAGGCCCCCAACAGGAGCAUGGUGACGGACAUGCGCAGCAUCGUGGGCCUGGUCCUGCUGCUCGGCCUCUCCUGGGGCUUCGCCCUGUUCGCCUGGGGCCCGCUCUACUUACCGUUCGUCUACCUGUUCUCCAUAUUCAACUCGCUCCAGGGUUUCUUUCUCUUUGUCUUCCACUGCGCCGUGAAGGAGAAUGUCCGCAGGCAGUGGAGGAUUUACCUGUGCUGUGGGAAACUGCGGCUGCUGGAGAACCAAGAUUGGAGCCGCACA